AUGGAAAAGCUGAAGAAGUCACGUACCGUUGUACGAACGGCGUUUACUCGCAAUCUGGGAGUGCUUAAUACCGAACUGGAGAAAGAAAACCCGGACGAGAAAGAAUUACAAGCGCGCUUUGCGAUAGUCCGAGAGAAGGCGAGUGAACUGGAGGACCUAAAUAGGAAGAUCUUCGAGGUUAUGGUCGACGAGGGCACGGACGAACAUCAGCUCCUGCAAGAAACCGAAGGUUCUGACGAAUAUAGAGUUAAGUAUCAACAAGCCAAAAUAGGCGUAAAUAGCAUUAUCGUUCGUGCUGAAUCCGCUUUGACUGCACAAGAUGUCGGACAAGCAGUGCACGUCAAUGCGGAUUUGCCUAUGCGUACCUUUAAGUUGCCGAAGAUACAAUUGCCAAGAUUUUCUGGAGAACUCAAAGACUGGCUGCAAUUCUGGAGUUUGUUUAAGAAUAUUCAUUUGGAUGCGACCAUCACCAAGGAAGACAAAUUUCAGUACCUGAUCCAAGCGAUGGUAAAGGAUACACGUGCCAGCGAGUUAGUUAAUAGCUACCCACCGACGGCCGCUAAUUAUGAUAAAGUAAUUGCAAGCUUGAAGAACCGAUUCGGCAGGAAUGAUUUGCUUGUUGAAGUAUACGUGCGAGAGAUGUUAAAGCUCGUGUUAAAUAAAACAAAGGCAAGUAGUCAUACUUCCUUAUCUAGAAUUUAUGAUCGAUUGGAAACUCAAAUGCGCGCACUUGAGUCUUUAGGAGUCACGACGGAUAUGUGCGCAGCGAUGCUCUACCCGUUAGUUGAGUCAUCGCUCCCUGAGGAUCUUCUACGCGUGUGGUAG